GGGAGCCAGGUGGCCGGCGUGGUGGGAACACGAGGAGCAAGAUGGGCUGCAGGGCUGCGUGGGGGCUCCUGUUUGGGGCAGCCGUGGUCCUCCUGGGGCUGCUGCAGAGCACACAGUCAGUCUACAUCCAGUACCAAGGCUUCCAGGUGCAGCUGAAAUCUGUGAAGAAGCUGAGUGACCUGGAGCGGCAGUGGGCACCCAGCCCCCGCCUGCAGGCUCAGAGCCUCCUUCCUGCUGUGUGCCAGCAUCCAGCACUGCCCCUGGACCUCCAGACUGUCUGCACCUCUCAGGAAGCUACCAGUAUCUUCAAGACUUUAAAGACCAUCGCUAAGGACAACUGUGCAGACCAACAGACACGGUUUCAUGGAACCUGGGGAGAGCCGGCUCACAUCCAGGGGGAAAUAGGUCUGGAAGGCUUCCAAGAGGAGGAGACAGCAGGAACCUGAGGGCUGAAGCAGAACAGGACAGGAGAACCAAGCACCCAGCUGUGUUUACUGAGCACCUGCUGUGUGCUGGACCCUGUGUCUGUCCUGUCGCCUGAAUUCUCUCCCUGCAGUAACCCUGUCAGGUUGAUGCUGUCCGUUUAGCAGACAAGAAAACUCAGGCACAGAUAGUGUGACAGACUUGUCCAGUCACGCUUCCUGCUGGGAAGAAGAGUGCCUGGGACUUGAGCCCAAGCCUCUCACUCGGCCUCCAGAGUUUCAUGCUCCUGCGCUGAGAGCAAGAUGCCACCCACUCCUACACAGGCCUUUUCAGCCCCCUGGCCAGCUGCACCC